UUUAUCUCUUUCAUUGCAGUUUAACCGUUUGAAUAACAGUUUAUGCAGCUUGUAAAACUCACGCUGAACGUUUAGGAAUUUCGAUUUUUGAGGAAUUUCUCUACGCUCAAGUACCACGACCACGUCAGCGCGCGCACUCAACCGCCAAACUCAAUAGAGCCAAAAGAGUAUUCACAAGCAGGCACCUAUACAUCCCGCGGUAUUUUUGCUGCUGAAAAUUUGUUGGUUUUUAUGUGUUGCGCUACGUUUGCAAGCGAACCACUCAGCGUGUGGAGGCCAAUAAAAGCGGCAGCAAGUUCAAAUAAUUAAAAACUAAAUAAACAGCAAAUUACUUCGGUUAAUGAUUAACUGAGCUGAUAACAUUCGAGAGCCGGCAAGGAAAACAACGUUUCGUUUUGUUGUUUCGUUGUUUCGUUUUUUCAGUUUUCUGUUUGUGUAUUGCGCUCGUGAGUUCAAUCAUCCGCAAUCGUCGAGCAGCGCGCAAUCAACCAACUAACCAGCCAAUCGACCAUUGAAAAAUAAAUAUUAAAUUAAAUUAACAAUAACAACAAAAUACAAAACACUGGUGUAGAAAAAAAAAAACACAAAAUAGCUGAGAAGUGGCGAACAAAGUGAUUAAUGUGCAUUUUUUUCUCAAAUAAAUCAAAUAAAAAUAUUGAAGUAAUUCAAAGUGAAAAAAUUACAAUAAAUACAUAAAAAAUCGAUUAUUUUGUAAAAAUUCUAAGUAAACAGCCAACUCAGCAUAACUUAAAUGCAAAUACACACACACACACAAGCACACAACCAUUUACUAGAUACAUUCAAUCACCCCGCGUUUUAUACAUACAAACAAACUUCCAUACGUAUAUACGCGUAGAGGAAUGCAGUGCAACUCAAGAAGAAAUUAAAUAAAAUACAAAUUCUAGGUAUUUACAAUUUAUAUAUUACAGGCAGUUAGUUAAAGAAACAUAAGAAGAAGAGGCAGCAGCAGCAACAGCAGAAGAAAAAUUAAAACAAAGUAAAUAAACGCCAUUAAAAAAAAGGUUGUUUAAAUAUAAGAAAUCAAGCAAACGGCAAGCGAAAGAUAUUGUCUGCUAAAAACGGAAAUCUCAACCAUAUACUCGAACCGCCGCAACCCCCCCGCCCCCGCAACUAAAUCAAUAGUGAAGUGUGAGUGUAGCGGUGAAAUUUGCAGCGAGUGUAAAAAAGGUGAAAAAUAAAUUAGCAACAUUACAACCGCAAAUACCACAGCAGCAAGGAAACCAAUAACCGCUAAAAUAACAGCAGCAACCACAACAACAACAAAAGCAAAUAUGGAAGACAAUAACACAAGUACGCCAAUGAAGACCGACGAAUCAGUCACAUUAACAAUCAGGCUUAUAAUGCAAGGCAAGGAAGUUGGCAGCAUUAUUGGCAAGAAGGGCGAGAUUGUGAACAGAUUUCGUGAAGAGUCUGGCGCAAAGAUCAACAUCUCGGAUGGCUCAUGCCCGGAGCGCAUUGUCACCGUGUCUGGCACGACUAGUGCGAUCUUCUCGGCUUUCACGCUCAUCACAAAGAAGUUUGAAGAGUGGUGCUCACAGUUCAGUGAUGUUGGCAAGGUUGGCAAAACUCAAAUACCGAUACGUUUAAUUGUGCCCGCCAGUCAAUGUGGAUCGUUAAUUGGCAAAAGUGGCUCAAAAAUCAAGGAGAUACGUCAAUCCACUGGCUGUUCGAUUCAGGUUGCCAGCGAAAUGUUGCCAAAUUCAACAGAGCGAGCCGUCACUUUGAGCGGCACUGCCGAGCAAAUAACUCAAUGUAUCUAUCAGAUUUGUCUCGUUAUGCUGGAGUCACCACCAAGGGGAGCUACCAUACCGUAUCGGCCAAAACCGCAAGUAUCUGGACCAGUCAUUUUGGCAAACGGACAAGCCUAUACCAUACAAGGCAACUAUGCUGUACCCGCACAAGAGACAUGCCCAGUAUUUCCACUGGCAUUGGCCACCGGUGGCCUACACGCUGGUAUCUCAGGUUUGACGGAUCCUCUCUUGAAAGGGGCACAUUUACAAGGAGCGGUGCCGGCAGCCCACCAUCACUUACAACAUAUACCCGAUGUUGCAAAGAACCCAUUGGCUAGUUUGGCAGCGUUGGGUUUGGCUGGCAUAACACCAACCAAUACAGGUGGUCUCAAUCCAACAGCAGCUUUGGCUGCACUCGCUGGCUCUCAACUACGUACAGCCAAUACAAGUCGCACCCAACAACAGCAACACGAAAUGACGGUGUCUAACGACUUGAUUGGCUGCAUUAUCGGCAAGGGUGGCACAAAGAUUGCCGAAAUACGUCAAAUUUCCGGUGCAAUGAUACGCAUUUCGAAUUGCGAGGAACGCGAGGGUGGCAACACCGAUCGUACAAUCACCAUUAGCGGUAAUCCGGAUUCGGUGGCAUUGGCUCAAUACUUAAUCAACAUGAGCGUUGAACUGCAGAAGGCUAAUCUACAGGAGGCGAAUAAUGGCACUAAUGGCCAAAGCAACAAUGCCAAUAACAACAAUAGCAACGCCAACGCCGCUAAUGGUGGCAGCAAUGGCAAUGCCAACACCAACAACAGUAAUCACUUAAGCGGCGGCACGUCCAAUUUGGGUGGCGGCAAUGGUGGCAGCGGGGGCAGCAAUAGCAGCUUGAAUCAGAAUAGCAGCAAUCACAGCAGCAACAAUAGCUUAAAUAAUUUAAAUACAAGCUCAAGCAAUUCAAACACCAACAACAACACCAGCAACACACACUCAUCAACAGCCAUGACAAUCACAAACAGCAGCAACAGCGGCAGUAACAGCAAUGCCAACAAUCUAACCUUGAACACAACUUCCAGCAAUCCAACCAAUCCAUUUUCCAGUUCACUACCAUUUUCAAAUCCACCAAAUCCCUUUGCCACCUCCACAGCAGUUAGCUCGCUAGCUACAGCCAUACCAUUAGCGCAAUUAUUGUCCAAGCCGGGCGCUUUGAAUGCGCUCUCCAGUCUGACCGCGCUCGGCGGACUUACCGAUCUGUUGGGUGGCUUGGCCACACUCAACGGUCCACCCAUACAGACAACCGGUGUGCACCGCACCAAAAGCUUUGCGUCGACACGUUUUCGUAGUCAUAAUCAUGCCGAUGGCAAUACCGAUAGCGAAAAGACGCGCAACAAGUUCAAUCCCUAUUAGAGGCGUGAAAGCUUUAAGAUAUGAAAGUUAUGGAAGAGUGAAAGUUUUUUAAAUGGACGGGUGAAAACUUUUGAAAUUGAAAGGUGAAAGCUCUUGUCAUAGAAUGGUGACAGCUUUUGCCAUGAAAGCGAGAAAACGUUUGAAAAUGAAGGGCGAAAGUUUUUAAAAUGAAAGUGAAAGAAAUUUUGUAAGAGUAUUGCGAAAGCUUUGCAAUAGUAGGGUGAAAGCUUCUGAUGGGGUAACGAGAUAAGUAUGCACCUUGCGAAAAAUCGUAGAACUCAAGUAAGGGGCAAAGUCAACGCGUUAUUCUCUAAUAGUUGACACAAAAGUAGUAUUAGUAGUUGUAUGAAAUGCGUUUGUGUGCGGCGAAUUUUUUCGAUAUUUUUACAAGCCAACACACACGCGCACUAUUUUUUUUUUUUUGCUGUCAAAUGUAGGCGUUAGAUAUGCAUUACUAAAACGGAAAUAUUUCGAAUUUCUAAUAAAAGCAAAAUAGUUUUCUAAGUUUAAGCGAAAAAAUUCAGUAGACAGAGAUCACGUAAUAGAUAAUAGUUUGAAUUAAUUCUAUACUCGUAGUUUGGAAUACAAAAAUUUUAUUUAAAAUUUGCGAAAUUGCGAAGUGUUUAACAAAAUAUGCAGCUUCUAAUUAUGGCUUUAACAAAUUCAUAUAUGGCUAUAAGGCGAAUAGUUUCAUAUUAUCAUGCACAUGCACCCCAUCAUCAUGCCUGUUAUUGCCACCAGAACUAUUAUGAAAGGUUUUCACAUUGUAUAUUUGUUUUUUUUUUUUGUAACUUUUAGUGGGUACAUAUUUUUAAAAACAAGUAAAUGUUAUAGCAAUAACAAAGAAAACAACAAUUAGUUCGUCUACUUACAUAGACGUUGGCAAAAAUAUAAAAGUAUUGUAUUUUUUCCAAAAUAUUUACAUUAUGAAAUAUUAAGUUUCCAAUUUUUUUUAACAAAUUGGCUAGAUGCUUCUGCCCCGCACUUACAGCUCUACAUAUAUCAUCGUACAAUAACAACUACAUCUUAGGUGCGCCACAUUUAUUCACUUAAUCCAAUAAUCAUUGCAUAUACAUAUACACACACACACAUAUACAAGCAUACGACUUUCAAUAAGUUUUUAAAUGUAAGCCGUAGAUUUUAAGCGCAAAGAAAAUAUGUUAUUGUAGCCUCUAAGCAAAAAAACAAACAAAGAGAAACUAAGUUUGCAAGCGUUAAGUAAACGAAUUAUGAGAGAACAAUGUGCGAAAAUAACAACAACAAAAAUUAAAAAAAAAAUUGUAUGUGAAAAAAUAUUUCCAAAAAAAUAUUUUGUUUAAAAAAAAUAUUUGAAAAAAAUUUUUUUUUUUUUUACAUUUUUACUAUGUUUUGAAAACUUUAGAAAAGUAUUGUAAAUGAAUUAAACAUUUCUUUUUAUAUUGGCGAAGAACAAGAAAGCCGUGUCUUUAAUUUGGCAAAAGUUAUUUAAUGAUUUAUUUUAUCUUUUAUUUUUAACUGCAAGAAGUUAGAAGUCAUUUAUUUAUAUACGAAAAAAAAUGUUUUAUUUUUUCUAUUAAUUUUUGGGUCGUAUUAUUUCGCAGAAAUAUAUUAUUGGUAAAAGAAAUUAUAAGCCAUUAUUUGUAGUUGUAGAAUAAAAAGGUUUCUUCGCGAAGCUACUAAAGAAUCUGGUAAUAAAAUAAUUAACAAAAGAAAAUUAAAAGCUUUUAAAUCGAUCAGCGUACAUACACACACAUCAAUAUGCAAGUUGUAUACGAAUUAAUCUAAGCUGUUCGAUUUUAGUCUAAACAAAUUUAUAAAUUUUUUAUUUAUUUUUAUUUAAUUGGAAAAGACCGUAGUGAAAAAUUGUGAUUAAAAAUUGAACUCAAAUUACAUUAUGAAUGAAAUUAUAAACAGAAUGGGCAAUGAGAGUUGAGCAUAAAAAUUAAAGUAUCAUAAUGAAUUUAUAUGUAAGUUAAAUAAAAUAUUGUUUUUCCAAAACCGAAGCCUCUUUUUUAAUGCACGCUCUUCAAAAACAAUAGUUAAGCUAGGCAUCACCCAAGCGCAGCUGAAUAUGUGAGAUUUAAUGUAUAAUUUCGAAAAAGUUGACCUUUUAGAAAUACAAAUUUAAAAAAAGUUAAAAAAAAAGUUACAUAUCUCCUCUCUAUGCCAGAAAUAUGAAUGUUUAUAAAUAAAAUUGCUUGGAAAUCAAGUUGGAAAGUUUAUUGCUCUCAUAAAAUUAGAAGUUUUG